CAGAGGCAGAGGGGAGCGCAGACGCUGGGGAGGCUUCUUUAAAUUUCCCUUUUUCUACUUGUCGGAUCAUAAUCGCUUGAGAACUUUCUAAACAUGCACCUACUGGGAAUAUCUCUAUUACUGGCAUAUCUUCUGUACACCAACCUCGCCAGGGACUUUAGCCACAAUGACUAUUAUUACUACGAGCAGGAACAGAUGGACGAGCCGGACUCUCCGCCAAAGCCAGACAUGGAGCAGAAGUUGCGUUCAGCCUCGAGCGUUGAUGAGCUGAUGAAUCUCAUCUAUCCUUCAUAUUGGGCCACUCUGAAGUGCAGAUCUAAACUUUCUGCCGCCUCAGCCUCCAAGCUCUCCCAGCGGCCACAGCCUCGCCGACUGAGGCCACUGGCUAAUACAGAAGAACCAACAUUUGCUGCUGUCUACCUCAACUUGGAUGUCCUGAAAAGUAUAGAGUUGGAAUGGAGGAAGACUCAGUGCAUGCCCAGAGAAGUGUGUGUCGACGUGGGCAGGGAGUUUGGGGCUCCCACCAACAUCUUCUAUAAACCACCAUGUGUGUCCGUCUACAGAUGUGGAGGAUGCUGCCACUCUGAAGACAAACAAUGCAGGAAUAUCUCCACUGGUUACCUCAGCAAAACUCUGUUUGAGAUCACAGUGCCGAUCACCCAAGGCACCAAGCCGGUGACCAUCAGCGUGGCCAACCACACCCAGUGCAGCUGCCUGUCCAAACUGGACGUCUACAAGCAAGUUCACAGCAUCAUCAGGAGAGCCCUGCCUGAGUGUCCAGUAGCUAACAGGACAUGUCCUGCUGGUCAGACUUGGAGCAGCAGGCAGUGCCGGUGUGUCAGCAUGGCCGCUAAUGUGCACCACAACCCCCCUCCUCCACCACUGCCCCCUCCAAGGCCCUCCCAACAGCACCUUGACAUAUUCUCAGCAGAUGUGUGUGGCCCAGAUAAGGAGCUGGAUGUGGAAACCUGUCAGUGUGUGUGUCAGCGCAGGGCUCAAACUCAAGACUGCGGCCCUAACCGACACCUCGACCUGAACACCUGCCAGUGCGUCUGCAACGCCCCGCUUGCCCCCUCCUGCCCGCUGAACCACGUCUUCAAUAAGGAGACCUGUCAGUGCACGUGUAGCAAGACGUGUCCGAGGCAUCUGCCCCUCAACAAAACAAAGUGUUCCUGCGAGUGCAACGAGUCGCCCAAUAAGUGUUUCCUAAAAGGAAGGAGGUUUCACCAAGCCACGUGCAGUUGUCUCAGGCCUCCCUGUGAGGUGAGGAGGCGAAGGUGUGAACCAGGCUUCUUCUUCAGCGAGGAAGUGUGUCGCUGCGUACCAUCCCACUGGAGACGCCUGGACUAACCGCCAGCAAAUGACAUGCUAACAAGAUGCUAAUGAACCAAUAACAAACUUAGCGCGUAGAAUUCAUCACCCCUGCCCUGUAGACCUGCUGGUCAUGCGUAUGUCCAUCAGCUGUGACGGCAGCUAAGUGUGUGGACCCUGAUGAACACGGGGAAACCCUGGAGUGCAGAUAUGGGAAACUCUGGUGAUGUGAAGAUGGGAUAUGCACUGACUCGGCAGUGAGGAUGUUUUAAUGGGAGAGUGGCUGAUCGGAGCCCAGAAACAGAAGGAAGGACUGGAAGAGAGAGAGAGAGUCAACACUCGACAAGAUGUUGUUAAAAUAAUUUGUUUUAAAAUAUUUUUGGGGGGUUUUGUAUUAAUUAUGUCUCAGUAUUCUCAUGUCAGAUAUUGAUUAUAUAAUUUAUUAAAUGUUAUUUUUAAACCUCUGUUUAUUGCAAUUUCAAUCUUUUUCUAUGAAAAUACACUGUGAUCAAUAUUUUUGUAUCAUGUAUAGUAUAUGUGUAAAAUAAAGUAUACUGGAUGUUAUAUGGUUAACUUACGUUGUCUGUUCUGGUGCAUGAUAUAAACUGAGUGGCAGCAUCUGGGCCUCAAGGUAAAUGCCAAAGGUGUUGAGACUACAUUCUGUGCUUUCAGACACACACAGGUUGUUCUUCUAUUGAUUUCCAUUUAUUCAUACAGUAUAUGUGAAACUGGUAGUCGAACCCAGACAAGCUGAACAGAUUUUACACCUGAAAGUGGAAGAAAGAGCACCUCCAUUAACACAGACAGCUGUGGUAGGAGUGUAGAAUUAAGGCUGAAGUGAUCUUAUAUGAGCUUUAUGUGUGUGUUUGAAAAGUGAGGUUUGAGUUGAUUCUUCAACUCACCUUCAGAAUCAUCACACACACUGACAACUAUUACUGAGCUGACAAACAACUUUUCUUCCUUGUUAUGUCAUUUUCCAGCCAUGAGACAAACAUACAGUGAUAAAUAAUCAGAAAUGUACAUUUUAUUCCCAUCUUUCUCUCAAUCUGACUGUUGUAAAACCCUCAGUAUUCUUCAUACAGAGGUUUUUGUGUACCUGUUGUGAAUAAUAUACUGUGGGUAUAACAUAUAACACACCAGGCUCUGAUAAUGCUUCGUCAUUCUGAAGACAGGCUGACUGCAGUUUUAUACCACAUGUCUGUGUUCUUUUUAUUUUCACUUCUAUGUUCUUUAUCUGUAUGCUAAAAUGAAGACUAC